AUGCGUUUCAUUCAGAGCAUCCUUGCCGGCGCUGCCCUCGUCGCUGCCGCCUUCGCCGAAGUCAAGAUCAACGAAUACCCCAAGGAGGUCCAGGCGGGUCGUACCUACAAGGUCACCUACUCGCCUGCCGAUAACACGCCGACCACCUUCAUUCUCCGCAAGGGUGACAAUGCCAACCUCGACACCAUCACCACUCUGACCGAGUCUGCGACUGGCGGCGAGUUCCAGUGGAGCGUCGACAGCGCUCUUCCCAACGCCAACGACUACGCCCUUGAGAUCCGUCAGGGAACCGACGUCAACUACAUCGGCCCCAUCACCUUGACCGGUGGUUCCAAGGCCACUUCGUCUGCUUCCAAGGCCUCUUCGACUCACGCCUCCACCUCUUCGGCUCCCAGCACCCUGACCACCUCCACAAGCGUCGCCACUGUCUCGAGCACCGUCAGCGGAAACGCUACCGUGACGAGCGCCUCGCUUUCCCACUCCAGCACCGUUAAGCCCUCUACCACCCCGACCCAGACUCUGCGCGCUCCCGAUCAACCUGGUGCCGCCUCCGCUUUCGGCUCGAGCCCGAUGGCGGUCCUCUUCGGCGCUGUUGCCGCCAUGGUCUACCUCAACUAGGUUUUCUGGUUGCUUAAUAUUCCUUUGAUACCUGUUGAACAGUACUGGUAAUGCGGAGGGUUGAUGUGCGGCUGGGAUUUUUACGUUCUAAUGCAUAGUUGGGUCAAUCGGACGAUGACAUCAUGGACGUGGCGUCGCCAUUUUUCUUCCGUGUACCAUCGUUCAAUAAUAUACCACACACAGUACAC